ACAGGCAACGCGACCAGUGCGGCAUGCGUAUUAAUACCCCGUAUUUGGGUUUUGAUACCAUCAAGUCGAUUUCGCAUUAACAUUGAGCUUCUCCACACGUUCUGAUUUGAUUGCAGCUUCGGAAUUCAGUCAUCGCCCCUCUUUUCGAAUGCGGGAAUGCGUUUUUAAUAUCUCGAAGUCCUUCGCGUUCAGAUUUACGAUUAUCGGAGGCUAGCAAAAAAUAUAACAAAUUUAUGGAUGGUCCUCACAGAGAAUAUACUAAUAAAGACCAAAGUGUGCCGUAGAAUUUGCAUGAAUUUGCAUUCUUGACGUCUGAGAAAAGCAUAGUUGAAAAAUAGCAGCCGGGGAUGUUAACGACUGGGAGAUCGUUUCGAGGCAGGGUGGAAGGGAAGAAAUGUUUUCCUUUCACUCCUCCGUUCGAAGGAGGAGUGGUUCGCCGAGAAGUUCUGGAGGUGGAGACGACCCAUGAAAGUAACAGUGGCUUCUCCACCUUCGACUCGAUGGAUCGCUCAGUCUCGCUCUCCUUGCCCAGGUGAACGGUGCUAGUGACAUACUCUCUCUUUCCCUCGGCGUGUCCUUCGGUAUCUUCGCCCAUAGGUACAAGGUCGCGAGUGCACCGGAAACGUGCACAGUGAAUCAGGAGAAGUCGCGUCGUGUGUCUAUGCAAGCAUAGUGUGCGCGAUGUGCUCGACCUGACGGGCUCUCAGCAAGAACAAUCAACAACGGGCGCGAUCGUGGAACAGCGAAAAUGGAUUGGGUGAACCGGACGGCGUCGCUGCUACUUUGCCUAAGUAUUCUACUCGCGACGAUUCACAACGGAUUGGGCGAUGUCGAGCGAAAGAUCGUGUGCUACUACACGAAUUGGUCGAUCUACCGACCAGGAACGGCUAAAUUUUCGCCGCAGAACAUCAAUCCGUAUCUAUGCACCCACUUGAUCUACGCGUUCGGUGGGUUCACCAAGGACAACGCUUUGAAACCGUUCGACAAGUAUUUUGAUAUUGAGAAAGGUGGAUACGCCAAGUUCACGGGACUAAAGACGUACAACAAGAACUUGAAAACGUUGCUGGCGAUCGGUGGGUGGAACGAGGGUUCUAGCAGGUUCUCACCGAUGGUCGCCGACGCCGCGAGAAGACGAGAAUUCGUCAAGAACUCGAUCAAGUUUCUUCGAAAGAAUCAUUUCGAUGGCCUCGACCUCGACUGGGAGUAUCCCGCCUUCCGGGACGGAGGAAAACCGCGCGACAAGGACAACUACGCUAGCUUAGUGCAGGAACUGCGAGAGGAGUUCGAGAGAGAAGCCUCGAAAACAGGAAGACCGAGGCUCCUGCUGACGUUGGCGAUGCCAGCAGGUAUCGAGUACAUCGACAAAGGCUACGACGUUCCCAGGUUGAACGAGUAUCUCGAUUUUAUUAAUCUCCUCUCGUACGACUAUCACUCGUCUUACGAGCCAGCCGUAAAUCACCACUCGCCCCUCUAUCCGUUGGAGGAGGACAACGAAUACAACUACGACUCCGAAUUAACGAUCGAUUACACUAUCAAUUAUCUGUUGAAGAAGGGUGCUUCUCCAGAGAAGAUCGUGUUAGGCAUACCGACUUACGGACGAUCUUACACGCUCUUUAAUCCGGACGCUACCGAUUUAGGAUCGCCAGCUGAUGGUCCAGGAGUCGAGGGUGAUGCCACACGCGAGAAAGGAUAUCUCGCCUAUUACGAGAUCUGCGAGAGUUUGACGCAGUCGAAUGAUUGGGAAGUAGUGCAGCCGAACUCGAAAGCGAUGGGCCCCUACGCGUUCAAGGGAGACCAGUGGGUGGGCUACGACGACGAGGAUAUCGUUAAGUUGAAAGCAAAAUACGCGAAUGAGAAGAAUCUUGGAGGGAUUAUGUUCUGGACGAUUGACAACGACGAUUUCCGAGGCAAAUGCCACGAUCGUCCGUACCCCCUGAUCGAAGCUGCCAAGGAAGCUCUACUAGCGGACAGCGCGAAUGCGAAAACGAGCUCUGAGGAGUCUCGCAAGAAACCGCGAAUUAAGAGCAACGCGAUAGGAAGGAAGGUGAUCGGCGGCCGUUCCACGACGGUGGCACCAGCUCCUAAACGAAUUACUACUGCGAAACCAAAGUUUCGAAAUUCGUUUUCGAGGCCGAGAUCGAGCGUCGAGGACGAGGAGGAGGAGGAACAGAGAGUCGACAGACGAUCGUACGAUCAGGAGGAGGCUGAUACCCAAGGUGGGAACGCAGUUCGAGUCACCGAUAAGAGCGAAAGAUCAGGUACCAAACCGAAAACCCGGAUCGGUUCUAAUCGGAAUCGGAGGAAACAAAUUCGCCGAAAGGAAGAGGAUAAAAAUGAAUCCAAUGAAGAAUCGUUGAGCAAUAAAUUGACUACUCCGGAACCUCCCACGACACCUGAUCCUGGGACAGAUUUCAAGUGCGAGGAUGAAGGAUUCUUUCCCCACCCACGGGACUGCAAGAAGUAUUUCUGGUGUUUGGACAGCGGUCCCGGAGGUCUAGGCGUGGUGGCACAUCAAUUCACGUGCCCUUCCGGCUUGGUGUUCAACAAGGGCGCAGAUUCGUGCGAUUACCCACGCAACGUGAUCUGUCCUAAAUCUAAACCAUCAUCGUCAAGCUCGACGACCAGAGCUCCUAUAACAGCCGCCACGAGUCGUACAACGUUCCUCUACAGUACCACUCGUCAACCGACCACCGAGAAGCCGGAAGAGGAAGAGGAGUACGAGUACGAGGACGAUGACGAAGAGCUCGAGGAAGAGGAGAAGGAAGAACCAAAGCCAACCACCACUCCGAAACCGCUCCUCUAUAAAACUAUCACAAGGAACAAACCUACGACUACGACGACCACCACCACGACCACGGAGGUACCUUCGACGUCUCGAAGAAGCGAUCCGGAAAGGGUGGUUCACAUCGAGGACGAGGAGGACCCCGAAGUGAUCAAGGAAUUGAUUCAAUUAAUCAAGAAAGCGGGCGGUAUCGAGCAAUUAGAGAAACAGCUGCUGUUUCAAAGUAAAAGUUCGGUUGACGCGACGAAUUCAAACAACGAGAACGCGACCCCGGCUACGAUCAGUCGUACUCUUUAUGAACGCGUUUUAAGUCGACAGGCUGGGAAGGUAACGGACAACAAGCAAGCGUCUACGAAUAGGAAUGGGCCUGGUGGUGCGCAAUUCGAAGGCUUGGAUGAUGUUCCCGAAGUGAAGAGCCUUCGCCGCUCGCAGAAACCGCAAUACGUUACCAUAGAGAGGCCUAAACCCUCCACGGAGGAACCGUCGAUCAGAGAUGAGGAAGAAGAGGAAGAUGAGAUCGAAGAAGAUAACGCGGACGUUGCUUCUUCGGAAGAACGGACUGUCAGCAAUCCUUUCUUAACUAGUUCGACGCAGAGGGCGACGCCUAAUUAUAUUAACAUCAGACGCGCACGUCCCACGACAUCAAAAGAUGAUAACAACCUGGAGGAGAAGAAUAAAAACGCGGAGGAGGAGACGGCUGUUCCACGUCGUGCACCUUUCAAGACAACCGAAACGAAUUCGGAGGAUACAAAGAAUCAGGAAUCUCGUCCACCGGCGAACGAAGAUAAUUCGCAAACGACUAAAUCCAGAUACGUUAACAUUCAACGAUUUAGGAGUACGACUCCACAGGCAGUAGACACGGUCUCAGAAACCUCAUCUUCUGAACCGAUCACGGAAUCGACCAGCGAACCGCCUAAAGUCGAUCAGACCACGAGUACCACCCAGUCCUCCGUUUCAUCGUCUGUCUCGACGCCUAAUGAUAUCCCCGUCGACUCGGAAACGGAAAGACCGGUCUCGAGCACCGUGAAACUCGUCGAGGACACGGCAACGGAGAUCCUCUUAACGACGCUAUCGACGCCUGGCACCGCGGCCGUCGCCCAACCGAGGCCUUUCAGUUUUAACAGAAGAAGGCCCACCCAGACCGAGACCACGACCGAGGCCUCGAGCAACGAGCAGACGAGGUCCAAGGUCGCCAGCUUGCCCGAAGUUAAUAAACUACCGACCCUCAAGGAUCUGAUUGGUUAUCGAAACCAUGAUUACGAUGAAAAUCAAACGCCCGUGUUCUUCAAUUUGCUUCCUCUUCAGGAUGAGAACCACCACGAUGGGGAACGUUCCUCGCGUGAAAAAGUCGCGAACGCCUACGAGGACGCGAGCGAAAAAAAUAAACGUUUGGAUUUAUCUGUAGACGAUAUAAAUAGUUAUUACGUCGAGGACAACGUCGCCGACGACGAAGAAUCGAUUAAUAAAAAGAGGAUCGAUCGGGAAGAUCCAUUAACGACUACAUUAAUAAUAAAACCGACUACCAUGCGUGGUAUUCCUUUGGCCGAUCUGUUGCAUAGCACCGCAAAAGUUCCUCGUGGUUUUUACGUCACGCGAGACGAGAACGAAACGUUCGAAGCCAGGAUAACAGACACCACGCCGAUGGUAACCGAUGAACCAACUACAGAGAUUGAACUAAAGUUUAACACCAAGCCCUCAGACUCCACUGUUCCCACGACCGAAUUCACGACUAAAGAAAUCCUAACUGACGACGAUACUACUCUCUCUAUUGCACGUACUGAUUCCAUCGCGAGUUCUACGGCCGAACAAUCGUUGCUCGUAAAUCCAAAACCCGAGAAUGUGACGGAAAAUGCAACGAGUUCGGAAACUGUACCAAAUGCAGUUAAUUCUACGAAAAAUACAGAGUUAAAAACAAUCGCGACGAUCGUUCCUUCCGACGAUAGAAUUACGGAAAGAACGGUGAAUAAGUAUAAUAAUCGUCGUGGACAAAAUAUAGGAUUCGGCUAUGAGUUCGGUCGCAAAUCUCAAGGGCGUCAAUAUACGCGACCGGUCAGCGAAGAGAGUUACAUAAGAACAACUGAAAAAACACAAUACGCUCGGCGUCGCUUCUCUACUCGCAGAGGGCAACAAAGGAGAAGACCACCCGUUACCACUACGCUUGUUUAUGAAACGACUGUCGGCUCGUUUUACCACGACGGAGAUAACGAAACCGAAGUAACGGGAAAGGUGGACCAGGACUUGGAGCAAACCACUGUCCUCGCGAACGAAACGAAUAAUUUUAUUGGCACUACGGAUGAUCGAGAAAGCUCGAAUGAUGAGGGAAGAGGGAGAGAGAUCAAAUUCACGGAUCAUAACGAAACGAAAAAUUCUGUUGGGCGUUCGCCUGAUCGAGAAAACUUAAACGGAAAUGAGAAGGACUUUGUGCCAAAGGCAAAUCGGACGGAAAACAUAGCUGGUUCUGAAGAACAUCUUCAGACUGAGGAGAAUGUAAGACCCGAGGUGAAUUCCUCGAAGAAUACAGUAACGUCUCGUACACCAGGAAGUUCGCCGACGACCAGAUUGAGGAAACCCACGAUUGUCGGCGGCUUGACGCCAUACAGCAAACGUUCGAAUACACUCGCGAAUCAACGAAAAAUUCGUCCGACCGACGGAAACUUGACUCUCGUUAACAAGACACUCGAUGCCGCGGGUAAUAAAACAGAGGCGCAGAAACCUGUGAAAGAUAUCGAUCAAAGUAGCAGGGCGCAAGAGAUCGCGGUGACUCUGGCAGAUCCACCGUCUCUGCAAUCGUCGGCCACCGGUCGACCGCCGUUUAGGAACGCCCUGAGACGCAAAAUAAGCACUACGGUCGCACCUAGAGUGGCCGCGACGACGAACAGGAGUACCAUCAGAUUCACUCCGGCUUCCGGGGAUCGUCAUAAGCCAAAGACGAGGGACAGAUCUAUAGAAAACGCGACGACGAGACCUAGACGGCCACCGGUUCUCGAUUACGAUUAUUACGAGGACGAGGAGGAGCCGGUCGUCGGGAAAUCUACGUACAACGGGAAACUCUUCCUCACGAGUACAGGGACGAUUAAGUGCCUCGAUCAGGGCAACUUCCCGCAUCCGUACUCGUGCAAAAAGUUUAUCACUUGCGCCAGAAUGGUGAACGGACUGGUGAUCGGAGCCGAGUACACUUGUCCCGACACGUUGUCCUUCGAUCCGGUCGGUGGUAUUUGCAAUUGGUCCGCUGGACUAGGUUGCAAGGAGUAAAAAACCUUCCCAGACAAAGCGAACGAAUCGAAUUUCGACCCGAACUCGAAACUACACGACCAAUCUGAAUUUUUCAAAACGCAUGUAGCCAUAAUCAACGAAGCACGGUGAUAUUAUCGUUAAACGUUCAUACGUGUAAAUAUUUUAGUUACUGUAUAUAAAUAGGCUUAGCUUUUACUUUAUCGCGUAGCAUACCGACGAAAUAAUUUAAGCGUUAGUAACGUGUUACGUCGAGAAGCGCACUUAAUCGAUCGCAUAUCACUUUCUAAGGUACGUCACUCUCUGAGGGGGUUGUUCAAACUCAAGAGAUCGAAAUAGUUUUACAGUUUUUAUGUAUAAUACAUUUUGUAUUUGGAAUAAAAGCAUCAAUUUUUAACCACA